GCAGUUGGUCCGGCGCCGGUGAGUGGCGGGUCUUAGCUCCGCCCCGGCCGUCCGCUGCGCUGCCUGGGUCGGCGCCGUUUCCAGUUGAGAGAUGGCGGCCGCCGCAGGUAGAUCGCUCCUGCUGCUCCUCUCUUCCCGGGGCGGCGGCGGGGGCGCGGGCGGCUGCGGAGCGCUGACUGCCGGCUGCUUCCCCGGGCUGGGCGUCAGCCGCCACCGGCAGCAGCAGCAGCACCGGACGGUGCACCAAAGGCUCUCUUUUUGGCAGAAUUUGGGAGUUGUUUAUUGCAGUACUGUUGUGCCCUCUGAUGAUGUAACAGUGGUCUAUCAAAAUGGGUUACCUGUGAUAUCUGUGAGGCUACCAUCCCGGCGUGAGCGCUGCCAGUUCACACUCAAACCUAUCUCAGACUCUGUUGGUGUGUUUUUACGACAACUGCAAGAAGAGGAUCGGGGAAUUGACAGAGUUGCCAUCUAUUCACCAGAUGGUGUUCGAGUUGCUGCUUCAACAGGGAUCGACCUCCUCCUCCUGGAUGACUUCAAGCUGGUCAUCAAUGACUUAACCUAUCACGUACGACCGCCAAAGAGAGACCUCUUAAGCCAUGAAAACGCAGCAACGCUGAACGAUGUAAAGACACUGGUCCAGCAGCUGUACACCACGCUGUGCAUCGAGCAGCACCAGUUAAACAAGGAAAGGGAGCUUAUCGAAAGAUUAGAGGAUCUCAAAGAGCAACUGGCGCCCCUGGAAAAGGUACGAAUUGAGAUUAGCAGAAAAGCUGAGAAGAGGACCACUUUGGUGCUAUGGGGUGGACUUGCCUAUAUGGCCACACAGUUUGGCAUUUUGGCCCGGCUUACCUGGUGGGAGUAUUCCUGGGACAUCAUGGAGCCAGUCACCUACUUCAUCACUUACGGAAGUGCCAUGGCAAUGUAUGCAUAUUUUGUAAUGACACGCCAGGAAUAUGUUUAUCCAGAAGCCAGAGACAGACAAUACUUGUUAUUUUUUCAUAAAGGAGCCAAAAAGUCACGUUUUGACCUAGAGAAAUACAAUCAACUCAAGGAUGCAAUUGCUCAGGCAGAAAUGGACCUUAAGAGACUGAGAGACCCAUUACAAGUACAUCUGCCCCUCCGACAAAUUGGUGAAAAAGAUUGAUCUUCAAAGAACCUCUGAAUCCCAGCAGAAAGAACGCCUGUUUAUAACUAUUGCCUUUUUAAUUAAAGCAUUGCAGGUGGAAGCUGGGAGCCAUGUCGGGGUAGAGGGUUUUUACCUUUAAUUAAAAAACAAAAAUGAAAAGCAUCUUAGGGAAGAAAGGAAUGUUCAAAUCUGAGGAUCAGGCUCUGUGGAAUAGAAGCUCAAAGGGCUUAGGGAAUAUUGUCUUAAUCAAGCAUCUCAGUUUCUGGAUGAAAGUGAUGCAUUAUAUAUUCAGAGAUUCAUCAAGGGAAAAUGAUGCUGGGGGUGUUUGUUUCUUGCAUCUUUGCAGGAGUGGCAAAACAGUAACACACCAGCACCCCACUCAGCUCUAAUUUUUUUUAAUUUAACCUUUCUUAUUUUUGACAUAGAAGUAAAUAAAUAUACCAGAAAAACAAAUCCUUAAGAUAUGUGGUUGGCAAAUGCAGCCUGAACCCAUGUCAUUAGCAUUUAUUUUAAAUUGGACCCAGUCUCUGCAAAGUUACCAGGAAUCUCUCCCGCUUCUGCCCCUUUUCUGACCACCCAUACCUGCUGGUUACACUAAUUUUAUCCAUAUGAUAUUUGGAACCAACUUAUGACUGAUAAUUGACACUUUGAAUUAUCCCUUAAUACCUUCUUAAAAGUCUAUAUAUUCCAGUGCACUGGAUCACUAUCUAGGAGUCAUUGGUAACACUGCAUGAUGUUUUUUUGUUUUGUUUCUUACUACUUAAUCUUUAAGAUGAGACAAAAUUUCCCUCAUUUAUUUCUCUAUCCCAUUGAUUUUCCCCUCUCCCUCCACAACUCAAAUCAGAGAGGGGAGGGUUUAGCUGUAUUACCAAAUAAGGAAGAUAGAAAGUUUACAAACUGGCUAAAAAUCAUGGCUCUGUUAGCCGUUUCAGAACCAGAAUAAUUUCAUUGCUGUUAAUAUGCUUGUGUGACAGCAUUCCAGGCCACCCUUUUGGCUCUGCCUUGUCUGGAGGCUUUGUUAAUCGCAAAGGACACACACUUCCACACUUCGUGAGCCCUCCCACCUCCACCACUUCAGCAGUUGUAAAUCAAGUGUGGAUCUCAAAGGGUGCAAUUUACCUUUAUACAGGUAUACAUUUCUAGGCUUCCUUCAACCUACCUUCUUCACCCUAUUUUUUCUUAUCUUAAAUUGAAAGAAAGAAGAAUUAAUCUUAUACUCUAUCAAAGUAUUUUCUACCAUAUUUCCAGAUGACAUCUGCACUUGAAGACUCAAAGGAAUCUGUGUCUAAUAUCCUGUUUUUAACUACUGUGGGGGUAGGAUGGAAGGGAUGAUGGGACUUGCCACACAGCUGAUUGGCUUUUUUCUUUACAUGAUUCAUCCCUCCUCAUUGUGGCAAGGGGUUUCUUUCUCCUUGGGAUCCUUGUGUAUGAAAAGGAAACUGUAAAUGAGAAACCUAGACUCCAGGUGCCUUGCAGAGGUUGAAGGCCAGCCAGAAUUGCUGCUGCUGCUGCUCCUGCCACCACCCCUUCCACUGGCAUGAUGGAAUGAAAGGAUGCAUGUCUCCACUUCCCAAACCCUCCUCCCACUUCCUUCCCCUGACCACCCCCCAAGUUGUUCAACCCCUUCCCUCAUUUAUUUUCGUUAAGUUGUGUGAAUUAUUUUUAAACCAUUUAUCCUGUUUAUGCACAGAGUUUUUAAGAAGAAACAGCACAGUGCAAGGAGAAAAUCCUUUCGGGGUGUGUGGGAGGUAAGGGAGGGAGGAUAUGGAGAAAAGUCCUUUAAACAAAUAGCAAAAUAUUGAACACGUGUAAAAUCCUGUAUCAUUUAUGAAAUAUGUAAAAAAAGCAAUGUACCUUCUGGAACAAUAAAUAUUCAGUUUUUGAAA